UUUAUUUACUUAUUUACUUUCAUUAACUUUAUUUAUCUUUUCCUUUUAUUUACUAUUAUUAUUAUACAAGAUAAUUUAAAUUAAUGUUAAAUUAAUUUUUUUUAGUUGCUCAUAUUAAAUUGCUGUAGCAAAAUUCCGACAAGAAAAUCCGAAAUCAAUUACGUAAUACGUUUUGUAUAGAAAAAUGUAUUCAUUUAUUUUAAUUAGUUUUUAGGAUAUUUAUAGGAUAUUUAUCAAAAAUGUCGGAAUUUACAAUUGCACUUUUUGAUGACGGACUCCAAUUGGUGCCUUCAUCGUGGAUUUUUAAUGAUAAUACAAUGUGUCACUGGCCGCCUUAUAUGAGCGAACAGAAAAUUCGGAAAACAAUUAUCGCAAAAACUAGUCCUGAUUGCACCUGGACUACUCAUAAAAUUCUGCGCAUUUUUGGAACGUCAAGUACAUAUGAGUCAGGAAUUGAAAAAGUAAAACUUGCCCAAGAAUAUUCCGACUUGGAUACUUCCGACAUCGACAUUUCACGUCACAAACGUACAGCACGCAAAAAAAAGACAUUUAAAAAUGAUAAUUUUGUAUAUCCUUCAUCAGGUUCUGAUGACAGCGAUCAAAACAAUAACACUGUUCCUGAAAAAGAAGUGACUGAGAAAAUAAGAACAUUUGCAACACCACCGCCUCCGUUGCUGAAAUCAUUUAUUGCUAAUGAACCAACAAACACAAAAGUAACACAAAACAAAGAUCUGCAAAGCGAAGAACUUUUUUCUAAAAAAAAUAUGAACAAAGAGUCCUCAUCUACUUUGUUAGCCACUCGAGACACUACAAACAUAAAAGUAAUACAAAACGAAGAUCUACGAAGUGAAGAACUCUUUUGUAAAAAAAAUAUGAACAAAGAGUCCUCAUCCACUUUAGUAGGCACUCCAGGCAAAAAUAUUCAGCCUGAAAUAUUGAGACGAUUAAACCAAACAUUGGCAAAAUUAAAUUCAAUAGAUGAUCGUCUCUGCAAAGUAGAAGAAAAUCAAAAUAUUACCCAAAAGAAUAAAGAAAUAUCAGUUUUGCAAGAACUUGUAACUCUACCCUUAAAAACUAACGAGGAAUUACAAAACAUGGAGAAGGACCUCGAAAAUCAAGAUUUUUUCGAACAAAUGGCAAUUUCAUUUAAUAGAAUCGGAGGACGUGACAGUCACGAAUUGAUUAUAAACAUUUUAAAAAGAUCAAUCGCAAAUGAGUUAGCAAUACAAUACAGCUGGAAAAUUAAAGAAAAUGGGAUUUAAGGAUCUGCUGCUUUCGAAAUGUAUUAUGCGAGCUGUGCUUAUUACGGACGAUAAAGUAACUGACAAAGACAUGAUACAAAACAUAUCUAAAUGGCUCGUACAAGCCACAUUAAGAUAUGAACGCAGCCUCGAACCAAAGAAAACGUAAGUUUUUAGAAAUUGGAUUAAAUUAAUAAAUUUUUGAAAGAUAUUGAACAAUAUAAUGUUAAUUUUCUACAAAUUUGCUGUAUAAUUGGAUUUAUUAAUAACUUAAUAUAAAAACGAAGUUUAUACACAAAA